CGGGGCCCCUGGUUCCAAACACUAGGAUCCGGUGACCAGCGGCGGGCGGGGAACACGAGGGCAGGACGAGGUUGUCCUGUUCCUGAUCAAACGCGAGAGGCGUUUCGCAGGACUCCGCGACACAACAGGUGACCACCGCCUGCGGGAACCCGGCCUCGGCGAGACCUGCAGACCGCAGCUUCGAGUUCUUCCGCGGGGAGGAGAUUGGCGCCCGAGGGUGCCGCUUCUCUUUUAAUCCUGUCCCCGCUUGGUCCUGGGUCGAGCGCUGCUCGCAUCCUGCCCCGAGAAGUGAUUAAAAUGGCUUCCAGAGGAAAGACAGAGACAAGCAAAUUAAAGCAAAAUUUAGAAGAACAGUUAGAUAGACUGAUGCAGCAAUUACAAGAUCUGGAAGAAUGCAGGGAGGAGCUUGACACCGACGAGUAUGAGGAAACGAAAAAGGAAACCUUGGAGCAGCUGAGUGAGUUCCACGAUUCCCUGAAGAAAAUUAUGUCGGGGAAUAUGACUUUGGUCGAUGAACUCAGUGGGAUGCAGCUGGCUAUCCAGGCAGCCAUCAGCCAGGCCUUUAAGACACCUGAAGUCAUCAGGUUGUUUGCAAAGAAACAACCAGGUCAGCUUCGGACAAGGUUAGCAGAGAUGGAUAGAGAUCUGAUGGUGGGGAAGCUGGAACGGGACCUGUACACCCAGCAGAAGGUGGAGAUUCUAACCGCUCUCAGGAAGCUUGGAGAGAAGCUGACAGAAGAUGAUGAGGCCUUCCUGUCGGCCAAUGCCGGUGCUGCACUCAGCCAGUUUGAGAAAGUCUCCACAGACCUUGGCUCUGGAGAUAAGGUCCUUGCUCUGGCAGGUUUUGAGGUUGAAAAAGCCAAGAAAUGACAGUGUGGCGAUUGGCACCCCCAGACCCCUCCUAACCGCACACAGUGCUUUCAUCCCGAGGACUUGGAGGCAUUGCAAAGACAUAGAGGUUCUCAGAAUGCCCAAGAACAGGUGACAUGAAAACAGUGGCUUCUGCUUAGGCCUUUCCUCCCAGGAGGCCCUUGUCCUUCUUUGUGGGGCUCCCUUAACUGACCCUGGGCUUGUUGGGACGGGAACCUGCUGGACUCAUUCUGUGGUUUGUUUUGUUAAGACGCCUUGUGUUUUAGUGCUGAUCAGAGUGAAAGCUGUGAGCUGGUGAUUGUCCUGAUUCUUGUCUGCACGCCUUGGGGUGACCAGGGCGGUGAUGUCACUAGCCCUCCUGUGUCUGAAUCAGAAACCUUUUCAUUUUCACACAAGGAGACCAAGACACAGAAAGAGCAUGUGAUCUGUCUGAAGUCACAUUAGGGACAGAGCUGUGACUGUGGCUCAGGUGUCCUGACUCCUGGUUUUAUUUCUUUAUUCUGUACUGUUGUUGUAUUUUUUAAAAAUAAUUAACUUGUAUUUGUGCAAGUUGGCAUCUAUGAAAAUUCAGUGUCCUAGCCAAGAGUUGAAUGGACACUGUGGGGCUGUUCCCAGCCUGUGAGUGGGCAGCAUGAAUGGGGCCCAUUGUAUCUCUGGAUUUCUAACAAGCAACAAUGGGAGGCCCUGUUGAGAGCCUCCUGAAGUAACUUAACCUCCUGCCUUGUCUCAAUGAGGAAGCAAUAGGAAAAGGCAGCCCCAGGCCCUCUGGGGAGGUAACAGUGAAUUACUAUAAACUGUGCCGUUUGGGGAGAAAUAUAAAUUCAGUUAUGAAGAAAGCAAGUUUCUCCCUGAGAGCAGUGACUGCAUGGGCAGACGCACAGCCACGUCCUUCCACGUACUUUCCCCAGGCAUCCUUCCUGUGUUUCUCAAUGUUCUCUAUUUUUUUUUUUUUUGCACUUUAUACAAAUUAAAAACAUUUUUACUGCUUCUUAUAAACUUAAAUUCUACUAGGUGCUUUGCCAACUGAACAAAUUAGGGGACCUCAGCUAUGUAAAUGCCUUAUUUGGAACUUCUAAUGUCUUUUGGGUUUUUUGAGGGGGGUGGGUCUCUGGGUCAACAAGUUGACCCAGUAGAAAAAGGUGCUUGCUGCCAAGCCUGAUGACCCGAGUUUAAUCCCCCAGAUUGACAUGGUGAAGGGAAAGAAUUGACUUUUACCAAUUGUCUUCUGACCUCCACGUAUGUGCCAUGGCUCAUGUGUGUGCACACAUAUACAUGCAUACCCAUGUACACACUCAAUAAAUAAAAGAAAAAUUAAAAAGGGAUCUCCCUGUGUUGGAGUCCUGGGUUCAAACUCUUGUCUGGCCUCGGCCUCCCAGGAGGCCGGUCCUGCAGAGGAGUGCUGUGGUGCCUUAGCAGUGGGUUGUCUCCGUUUGCUGUCUCAUGACCAUCACUCACUGAAGUGUCACACACCAAGAAAGGCCGACCACCGCUGUCACCUAGGGGACUGUGUGUAUGCCACCACCGUUUCAUAGAGAUGAAGUUCUUAUUCACAGAAGUCCCUGUUUAACUUAGAUUCAGUAGUGAUUGUACAUUCACAGUGCUGUGCAGCUCCCAACCUAGUGCCAGGUUAUUCCCAUCACCCCCUGCAGGAAAACCUGCAUCUAGUAAGCAAUCACUCCGACAUGCCUUCCUCCCAGCCCUCCAGCCUCCACUGAUCGGCUCUCCUGUCUCUAUGGACUUACCUCUCUGGAUAGUUCACAUGAAUGGAUGUGUGAUUAUGCACUAUAUGGCCUUAUUAUGUGUCUGGCUUCUUCACUUCAUGCAAUGUUUGUAGGGCUAACCUACAUUGUAACACACUUCAACACUUCAUUCCUUUUUGAUGGCUGAAUAAUACUUCACAGUAUAAAUACGAUGUUUUGUUUAGCCAUG